AUGUCAAAAGAGGAAGGAACUUUUACAGCCAACAAAGACUACGGGACUCACUGGGGCCAAAGAACUUUCUUGUAUCGCAAGAAUGAAUUCUCCGGCUACCAGUUCUAUUCGGUCAUUCCUGCCGACACGCGUCUCCGAGAAAUCGUUCAGCGAAAGGAGGCUUUGCGCAAGAAGCUAAAGGAAGCAGAAAAGAAACUGAAAGUUCGAGCUGAUUAUGUCCACAAACUCGACAUUGUUGCAGGAAAGAAGCAAAAAAUUGCACAAGAUCUCGACGAUGCGUUCAAGAGUCGCAAUCCGGACUAUCUACUCAGAAUAACACAAGCUUAUUUCUCCCCUCGGCUUGCAGGAUCUGUAACAGGCGAAAAGGAAGAGGCACCUAAAGGAAGUACGGAAAGGCUGAAGGGUGCUUUUGUCAAUAUGAAAGAGUGA